CACCCAGCCGGCGCCGCGCAGCACUGGGAGCCUGCUCGCCCUGCAGCCCCAGCCAGCUUGCUCCGCACCAGCCUGCUGGUCUGCCCGCCGACCCGCGCGCCCUCGCUGCCGCCCGUCUGCGCCCCUAGACCCCAGCGGCACCAUGCAUCUCUCCCAGCUGCUGGCCUGCGCCCUGCUGCUCACGCUGCUGUCACUCCGGCCCUCCGAAGCCAAGCCCGGGGCGCCGCCGAAGGUCCCGCGAAACCCGCCGGGAGAGGAGCUAGCCGAGCCGCAGGCUGCGGGCGGCGGUCAGAAGAAGGGCGACAAGGCUCCCGGAGGCGGGGGCGCCAACCUCAAGGGCGACCGAUCGCGACUGCUCCGGGACCUGCGCGUGGACACCAAGUCGCGGGCAGCGUGGGCCCGCCUUCUGCACGAGCACCCCAACGCGCGCAAAUACAAAGGAGGCAACAAGAAGGGCUUGUCCAAGGGCUGCUUCGGCCUCAAGCUGGACCGAAUCGGCUCCAUGAGCGGCCUGGGAUGUUAGUGCGGCGCCCCCUGGCGGCGGAUUGGGAACUGGCUCCGUUGUGCUGAGGUCACCUUUGGUCAUCAGCUCCAGCAUCUGGAAACACCUCCAACGCAAUGUGGCUUUUACAUUUCUUUCUUUCUUUUUUUCCUGGUACUGGGAAUACACAACACCAGCUGUUUUAUUAUUAUUUGGGGAGGGGGUUGUGAUUUUAUUAUUUGGUUUUUUUUAAUGAAAAAUAAAAAGUUAUAUAUUAUAUAUAUAUUAUAUACAUGAAACACACACACUACACCGACUUGAUGACAAGGGACAGUUUUUAAGAGACUGACAGAACCAGCUGUAAAACAUUGCUGUUUGUAAAUUCAUGUCAUGCAUAAAUGUAUUUAUGUUGUAAAGCUAUUUAUAUUGUUUAUAAAGAGAUAUUUAUAAAAAUUUUAUUUAUGUAACUAAAUGAAAGAAGUCAAUCGUUGUAAUGUUUUUGUCCUAACUAGUUGAAAAAAAUGUAAAAAAAAAAAAAAAAAAAGUCAUUCCAUGAAUAUCUUGAAAA